AUGGAACAGUAUUUGCAUUUAGUAUUGAAUUAUACGGCAUCAGUUUCUCGAAAUUUUGAUGAUGAAAAUUUUUCUGGCGAACAAGAUGAUAAUACAUUUGCUGUUAGUGAACUUCAUUAUAAAAUUCCAUUUUGGAUCGGUGUUAUUGUAAUUAGUCUUCUUUUUUUAUCAGCUAUUAUUGCAUCAAUCCGUUAUUGUUUUUAUACUCUAUGUUCAUCACAUGCCGAAACAGAAAAAGUAACAUUAGUACCACCAAAAUCACCUUGUCUAACGACUACUACUAAUACAAUUCAACGUCAACGACGUCAAUUGCCUGUUAAUCUUUCUCAUCAUAUAUCAGAUGACAAUGAAAAACCAGUGUCAUUUUCAGAUGAAUCGAAAGAUCAUCAUUCAAAUAUAUCAAUUAUACCUAUUGUUCGUCAACAUUCUCGACCAAAUUUUACAUCUACACAACAUCAUCAUACAAAUAUUGAUACAAAAGAUAUUAAUAAAAAUAAUUUUUCGUCCAUUCAAUCAUCACAAUCUCAAGUACCAGUUGAUUUUCGAAAAAAAAUUCAUGGUAUUUAUGUUUUACCUGUUUCACCUACACUUUCAUCAUCAUCAUCAACAACAAAUACUGAUGAAAUAAUAAAGAAUGGUUCGAAUACAAUGCCUAUUCGAUCAUUAAGACAUAUAUCAUCGUCAAUAAAUGUUCAUAAUGAUUCAACAUGUCGUGGUAUUAAAAAUAAUAGUUUUGCUGAUUCACCACAACCAAAAGAUCGUACAUUACCUCGAUCUCAUGCAAGUACAUUACGACGUAUUCAACCACCAGCACAACCUCCACCAUUACCACCAACUAUAUCACAACUUCAUUUCAAUAAUGUUCGUUCAUCAAUUAAUAUUAAUAAUGAUAAAUCAUUAGUUCAACAUCAAUCAGCUACAAUAGAUCUUGAUCAUGAUAAUAUUAUUGCUCUUCGUUAUAAUAGUCAAAAAAUCUAUGGUAAAUUCGAAGAAAACCAUUUGAAAAAAUCUUUACCACCACCAGUACCUUGUCGAUCACAAAAACCGACGAUGUUAUCAAUUGGUUUUGAAGGUUUAACAGCAACAACACAACCAGAUUCAAUUGGUUUUCGAGUAGCAAUUGAAUCAUCUCCACAAGACGAUUAUUCUGAGCAUACAUGGCCAAAACCACCUGAAUCAAUGACAACAUCAGAAAUUAGUGUACCACAAAUUCUUCCACCAUCGAUACCUUAUGAUCGUCUUCAUCAUGAUCAUUUAAUGCCUACUGUACUUAUGCGUCAUAAUAGUACAACUAAUUUUUUUCAACAUCAUCGAUUUGGUGAACAUACUAUAUUGACAGAAUCAGAAACAUGA